GAAGAUCCUUUGUACAUUUUUCGAGCUAGAGGUACCCUAGGGCAAUUUAGAAGUAAACAUGGGAAAGCUUACACUCAUCGCAGGUUUGGGCUUGGUGCUCUGCCAUGUUGCCUUCUCCAUGGAAAUGGGUUGCUACUUCACCAACUGGUCCCAGUACAGACCUGGAAUUGGAAAAUAUACUCCUGCAAAUGUCGACCCUUUCCUUUGCACACACCUCUUGUAUGCUUUUGCAAUGAUCAACCAUGCCAACGAGCUUGUCACCUACGAGUGGAACGAUGAGACUCUUUACAAGGCCUUCAAUGAUCUCAAGAACAUAAAUCCCAGUCUUAAAACUCUCUUGGCUGUUGGUGGAUGGAACUUUGGUUCAGCACAGUUCUCCAUCAUGGUGUCCAAUGCUGCAAACCGUCAGAAGUUCAUUCAGUCCUCCAUCAAGUUCCUGAGAACUUAUGGAUUUGACGGUAUGGACCUGGACUGGGAAUACCCUGGAGCAAGAGGAAGUCCACCUGAAGACAAACAAAGAUUCACACAGCUGCUGAAGGAAAUUAUUGAGGCCUAUGAGGCUGAGGGCAAAGCUACUGGCAGACCCAGACUGAUGCUGACUGCUGCUGUAGCUGCUGGCAAAGGGACCAUUGAUGAUGGAUACGAGAUUGCACAGGUUGCCAAGUACUUGGACUUCAUCAAUGUGAUGACUUAUGACUUCCAUGGAACUUGGGAAAGAUUCACAGGACACAAUAGUCCCCUGUACCAAGGCUCAAAGGAUGAGGGAGACCUGGUCUACUUUAAUACUGACUUUGCUAUGCGCUAUUGGAGGGACAACGGCACCCCUGUGGAGAAACUCAGAAUGGGUUUUGCAACAUACGGUCGCACUUUCCGUCUGACAUCUUCAGAUACUUCCGUUGGAGCCCCAGCUAGUGGACCUGCUUCAGCUGGAAGCUACACUCGCGAGGCUGGAUUCUGGUCUUACUAUGAGAUCUGUGGAUUCCUAGAGGGAACAACAAUCCAGUGGAUUGAGGAUCAGAAGGUGCCCUAUGCCACUAAGAAUAACGAAUGGGUUGGAUUUGAUACAAAGGAGAGCUUUGAAACUAAGGUCCGUUAUCUGAAAGACAAGAAAUUUGGAGGAGCCUUCGUCUGGGCGCUUGAUCUGGAUGACUUUGCUGGACAGUUCUGUAAUCAAGGAAACCAUCCUCUCAUGAUCCAUCUGCGCAAUCUUCUGGAUAUCGUAGUACCUGAUCCGCCUUCAACCACCACCCGCAAACCUGGCCAAACCACAACGCCCACCACCACUACCACCACCACCACCACUCAUGCUCCAGGACCAGGAUUCUGUAAUGGAAAGCCUGAUGGACUCUAUCCUCACCCUGAAGACCCCAACAAAUUUUAUAACUGUGCAGGAGGCAACACUUACAUAGAUAAGUGUGGUCCAGGCACUGUGUUUGAUGACAGCUGUAAGUGCUGUGGCUGGCCCAAACACUAAGGGAUCACUAAUGUGAAAAGGUUGAAACAGGACACUGCAAAUUUUUUAAGAACCCAAGAAGAAUCAGAACUAAACAUGUUUGACUACAACUAUUUCACAUAAGUGUGAACUGAACAUAAUUAAUGUGCUUUGUUUUUCCAUUUGAAUGUAUUUUGAAAGUGUUUUAACUCCCCUGUAAAUCUAUUCAUGUGAUUGCUUGAUAGUACAACUGCUAUGCAUCAUUUAUAAAAAAAAAAAAAAAAGAAAGAAAUGUAUAGAACAAGAUUAAAAAAACUCAUCCUCAUGUUAAUAAACAACAUGCAGCCAUCAUUAAAA